GUAGUAGAAACAAUUAAACAUCAUUGAAACAUGUGACGAAGGUGGCAUUGCUCCGAUGAACGCCUGACCUAGAAUUAGACGAAUAACGCAGGAACUAAAAAAAAAAAAACUAUAUAAAUUCACGUGGAAAUGUUUCGCAAUAGGAAGAAGAUACACUGCAAAUAGACAACCAUUGUUUACAAACAGCGCAAUAUACAAGGUCAGGAAGUGUAUCUGUGUUCCGUCAGAUCGAGGAUGCAGUGCCAAUGUUUUCGGAUCAGUGUUGGAAGAAUGGUACAACAGAACGGUGGCGCUUUCGUGUUCCGAGUGUUGAAUGAAAACAGUCUUCAGCAGUAGUUCAUUGAUUAUUGUUGGCUGGAAACGGCAUAAGAAAUAAAAAAUGGAGCAGUUCGAACAACUGCUGACAUGCGCAAUCUGCUUGGACCGCUACAGGAACCCCAAGCUGUUGCCAUGUCAGCACUCCUUCUGCAUGGAGCCCUGCAUGGACGGUCUUGUGGAUUACGUGAGGAGGCAGGUGAAGUGUCCAGAAUGCAGAGCCGAACACCGUAUUCCCUACCAAGGGGUACAGGGCUACCCCACCAACGUCACCCUCCAGAGGUUCCUGGAACUCCACAUAGAGAUCACGGGAGAGAUGCCAGAUCCGACCAGCGGACAGAUAAUGAAGCGGUGCGCGGUUUGCACUGAAAAGUCCUACUGCGUCCAUUGCUCCCAUUGUUCCAAAGAUGUGUGUCCGAUGUGCAAAGCGGCGCAUAUGGACAUCCUGCGUAGAGAGAUAGCUAGGAUAAACAAUCAGGUCCGGAGAGCACUCCACCGACUAGAAGACAUGUUCGCCCUGGUGGAGAAGAACAUGGCCGCACUCCAGCACAACUGCAAUUCAGUGACUGAAGAAGUGGACGAGAUCUACAGAAGACUGAUCAAAGCGGCCAAGGACAGGACAGACUUCCUCAAGACUGAGAUAGACCGCUACCUCGGGGUCGAGAUUAAGAAUUUAACGACGUUGAAGGACAACCUUCAACAGGAGAUAUCCAACAUCCAGUCCAACUGCGACCUGGCUGACCGCCACAUGGGAACAGAGGACGUGGAAUGGGAGGAUGUGGAACUCCUGGAUACUAAGGACAUCUUCUUGAAGACGGUGGACUUCAUCCGCAACUUCGAAGCGGAGAUGGGAGACUACACUCGAAGAGUCCGGUUCACGAUGGCCACAGACCCUAAUCAGCUGGUGCUCCACGUGAGCACUUACGGUGACCUGAACAUAGCGAUGCCUCACCAGCUGACCGGACAGCAGCAGCUUGCCCCAGGUCCUGGUCUGAUGAGGUCCAAGAGUGACCAUCGCCUAGCUGCCCAGUACAGGCAGCCUGACGAGAGGUAUGGUGAAGACAGCGGGAGGGUGUCGCCGCUGGCCGGAAGGAAGUUUGGGCAGAGGUACCAGCGAAGAGACAGGGACUACGAUUACGAAGACGAACCCAGACCUCAGAGGAGCAGAACCAGGUCAAGGUUCCUGCACGGAGGAGAGAACACGGACUCAGACAACGACACCAGCGGUCCGAGGGUACGGUUCGGAGCGGACCAGCCCAAGGACCAGCGUCCCACCGCACUGGAUACCGAGGCUCUCUCCAAGGGACCUCUGUCGGGGAUCAGCCGGCUCUACGACUGCCCCCAGGUCAUCGCCAGGAUCACGGAGGUCAAGAAGCCGAAGCCUGUCGAGGAGCCGCAGCCGCAGGUGCAGCAGCCCAAGCCGCAGCCCAAGAGGACGCCUUCUUUGGCGCAGCGACAGGUGAGCGAGGAGGACGAGAUCACCAAGAUCAAGCGGCAGAUGAAGAACGCACCUGGCGAGCGCGGCACCCCGGAUCGUCCUGGUCAGGAGCGAGUCAGCGCCCUCCGGAGGGAGGAGGUCCACUCCCCGCCCUCGUCGGCUCCGGAGUCGCCCCCGCCCCAAUCACCCUCAGCUCAGGGCGGCUCGAGCAGCGAGUCCAGCGACGAGUCGAGCCAGCAACAGUCACCUGCGGCUGGGUCCAGGAAGACUUCAGUGACGAGGCAGCCGCAGCAACUCAGCAGGAGGUCCUCAACUGCCAGCGACACUCCUUCCACAGGUGGGGAGAGUGCCCGAAAGGUGUCCACGACUGGAGCUGCCUUCACGACGGAGCAGCUCAAGCAGAAGUUCCAGAACAAGAUAGAACCGAAGAUAGAAGUCCCAGCGCCCAAGCCGUUCGUCAGCAGGUUCCUAAGAGGAGGAGUAGGUAGACCACUAACCACCACAACCACCCCAGCCCCAGUGAGUGCUACGAAGGAGGAAGAAGAGGAGGAAAGCAGUUCCAGUGAAGAGACAGACUCCAGUGAAGAGUCCAGCGAAGAACAGGCAGUGGCAACUGGAGAUAAGAGUGACAUCGGACCACUAUUGGCGAGGUCUGCACAGGCUCGCAAGUCCAGCAGGGAUGAGACUUACUCUCCCACACGUUCCCCUACCACUCGAACCCCCACUAGCUACCAACAGGACACACCAACAGCUGCUGCUCCCUGGCGGACCAGAACUGCUGCUAAUAACACAAGCACAGAGGACGAAGCUCCUGCAUCCACAAGGUACGGCAGUACCAGUUCUGGUUUCACCAGUAGGUUUCUCAACAAGUCCAAAUCCGCAGCUGCUGUCUCUCCGGACGAAGAAGAUCCCGGCACGACCAGGAGAUUCGGCUCCAGCGCAUCUUCCACCAGCAACACGGCCUCUCAACCUGCUGGGUCCAAGUCCAGAUAUGCUGCCCUUAAGGAUCGGAAGGCUAGACUGGCCAGAUCGAAGAGCUCCCACAGCCUCGCGGACGACGACGACGACGAAGAGCCGAUGACACCCUCCGCCUACUUGGCCAGCAGGUACGGCCCUGGGACAUCACUCGCCAAGUCCAGAUCCAGCCACGCCAUUAAGUCGAGAGAGACAAGUCCAGAGCCAUCGGCUAGUUCAAGUAGCGGACUGGCGAGCAGCAGCAGCACAGCUCCAGGUGAGAAAGACGGUGCUGCACUCUCUUCCUGGGCCAGGUACCUCAAGAACAAGUAUGGCUCCCGCAACAAGGACACCAUGUCCUCCAACUCGAGGAGGCUCUCGUUAGGCCUCCCGCUCCGCUCAGAUCCCGAAGAGGAGACAAAAAACACACAAGGCUCCCCCACUUCACCGACUCAACACCCUCCAUUUCAUCAAGGUUUCGGAGUCGAUACAAGUACUAGAAGUAAGUACUUGAAUAAACGACGCCAGGUGUUCAGCCUGGGGAGUAGGGGGAGCGAGACAGGAUGCUUCACGUGGCCGCGAGGUGUCGCCACCGGUCCCGGGGACAUCAUAGCGGUUGCGGACUCUUCCAAUCACAGAGUCCAAGUGUUCGAUUCUAAUGGCAUAUUUCAGAAAGAGUUCGGAGGUUACGGCAACGGAGAAGGGGAAUUCGACUGCUUAGCGGGCGUUGCCGUCAACAGGAUAGGGCAAUUCAUCAUUGCAGACCGUUACAAUCAUAGGAUUCAGGUUAUGGAUCCGUCCGGCAGAUUCUUGCGAGCAUUCGGAUCACAAGGUACGGCAGACGGCAAGUUCAAUUACCCGUGGGGAGUGACGACAGACGCCCUUGGCUUCAUAUACGUAUGUGAUAAGGAGAACCACAGGGUACAGGUGUUCCAGUCCGACGGUACUUUCGUCGGUAAGUUCGGCAGCCACGGGCGGGGCGUAGGUCAACUUGAUCACCCCCACUACAUCGCCGUCUCCAACACCAACAGGGUGUUGGUUUCCGACUCCAACAACCACAGGGUCCAGGUGUUCGACGUCAAUGGGAGGCACAUCUCCACUAUCGGGUCAGAGGGCUGUGAAGACGGCCAGUUCAAGUUCCCAAGGGGAGUGGCAGUGGACGACCAGGGGUAUAUAGUGGUAGGGGACAGCGGGAACAAUCGGUUACAGAUCUUCAGCCCCGAAGGAGUAUUUCUGAGGGGGUUCGGCUCAUGGGGCUCCGGCGAGGGAGAGUUCAAGGGCCUCGAAGGAGUAGCAGUUACCUCGACCAACUGUAUCCUCGCGUGCGACCGAGAGAACCACCGUGUUCAAGUAUUUUAAGAGAUGCUCAAUCAAAGUUGGACAGGGUUACCGCACGAAAGAGCGAAAUGGAAGCCACGAUACCUCUCUAUCGGAGACAGUUCUCCGGCCCACUUUUCUUACCCUACUAGUCAACUCUUCUUCAUUUAGAUUUUAUAAAAAAAUCUUUUGAAGACUUUAAUAACUAAGUCGGUUAAUCACACUUGAAUAUGUGAUUAAAAUAUAGAAAUAUUUACCGAAGCGAUUGUACUAAAAUAUUAUCUGUGUACUUUACCUCCUUCGUCAUCCUCACUAAUUAACAACAAUUAACAAUAACUACACAUUGUUAAUACUACUCAUUAAUUAUGUUGACAAUAUUAUAAUUGAAUAGUGUAAUUGUAAUUAAUUGAAGUCAUUAGUUUACUUAGUUAAUAAAAACUAUUAAAAUUUGUUUAAAAAAAAUUGUGAGAAUAUUUAUACUAAUCAGUUUUAUAUGUUCUUCUGUGAAGUACAGUUUCUUGUUUAAAAUGAAUAAAAUUAAUAAUUAGAUGUGUUUGUUUUAUUUUACUUGUUUUAAUUUAUUGUUCUUACAUUUAAUACAUUAGAUAAUCAUUUUGUAACAUUAUUCACGGAAAAUAAAUAAAAAAUCUUUCAGAAUUUGGGUGUACAAUCUUCUUAUCUUAUAUUGAUAAGAAUUCUGAUUUAUAGAUAAUAUUAAUAAACAUUUAACAAUGUAAUAAACAUUUUUUGGUUCAAGGAUAAAAAUAGUGAGAGUAUGUAAUAAUUAUUUAGUUUGCCAACAUUUUGACCUAAGUUGUAUUGGUCAUAUGACCAUGCCUAAAAAUUAAAAACUACAAAAUUACCCCCAGAAAAAUGAUAAAUAUAAAAGUAUCUAAAUAAGAGAAGAAAAAUAUGAAACAUACACAUCAUAUAAGAGUAAUAAAUACAUUAUAAUAUGCUCAGAAAAUGUUUUUAUUAUAAAUAAAUGAAAAAGAUAAGUAUAUAAAAAGUAAAACUUAAUUAACCAUAUCAUUAGUAUAAACAAAAAAAUGCAAUGAAAAAAAUCUGGUGUGUCCACUCAUACGACUUUUCUACCUAUUUCAGAAAAGUUUUUCAAAAAAGAAACAAACAAAAAAUUGAAUUCGAUUUAUUUUCCUGAAAAUAGAUCAAAGAAAAGAUUUGAGUAUUAUUUAUUUGAUAAACUAAAGCAAUGUAAACCGGCUUAAAGUAGAUCAGUGUAAAAAUUUCAACACUCUAAUAUUGUUGAUCAAAAACUUUUUGUCAUAGCUUAAUUUUGUCAAACAAUAAUUUCUGUUAAAAGUAGAGGAAAUAGUGAAGCAUGUGUGAUGCGGGCAACAGAUUUUCAUACUUUCAUUUAGUCAUCUUUUUUCUCUCAUUUAUCCCUUUCUGACACCGGGAUAUAAACCCAUAAUUUUAUAUUGGAAAUUGAAUUGCUUUAACUUUGUUUAUAGUUGUCCUAAAUGAAGUUUUUAUAUAGUUUUGUAAGGAAUUUCAUCUCCUU